AUGGUACUUUCUUCUUGUGAUUGGACUUAUGAUGUUUUUCUAAGCUUCAGAGGCACUGAUACCCGAAACAACUUUACUGGUAAUCUCUACAGUUCUCUCCAUCAAAGAGGUAUAAACACUUUCUUUGAUGAGGAAGAAAUUCAAAAAGGAGAUGAACUCACACCUACUCUUCUCCAAGCCAUUGAACAUUCGAGAAUUUUCAUUGCUGUUUUCUCCAAUGACUAUGCAUCUUCAACUUUCUGUUUGACAGAGCUUGUCACCAUUCUUGAGUGCGCCAACUCACAAGGAAGGUUAUUUUUUCCUAUUUUUUAUGAUGUGAAUCCUUCCCAUAUUCGACACCUAACUGGAACUUAUGGUGAAGCUUUCAAAAAACAUAGAAAGAGGUUUAAAAAGGACAAGGAUAAGGUGCAGAAAUGGAGGGAUGCUUUGCAACAUGCUGCUAAUGUUUCCGGAUGCCAUUUCAAACCAGGGUCUGAAUCAGAAUAUAAGUUUAUUGGAAAGAUAGUUGAUGAGAUCUCUAUUAAAAUCAACCGUGUUCCUUUGCAUGUUGCAAACAACCCUAUUGGGUUGGAGUCUCGAGAGUUAGAAGUAAUAUCUCUCCUUGGAUUUGAGUCUGGUGAUAGAGUCAACAUGGUAGGCAUUUAUGGAAUUGGCGGAAUAGGAAAAUCAACACUUGCUCGUGCUGUGCAUAACUUGAUUGCUAAUCAAUUUGAAAGUGUGUGUUUUCUUGCUGACAUAAGACAGAGGGAAGCUCGUGACGGUCUUGUGCACCUCCAAGAAACACUACUUUCUGAAAUACUUGGGGAGAAAGAUAUGAAAGUGGGAGAUAUUAAUAAAGGAAUUUCAAUAAUUAAAAGGAGGCUUCAAAAAAAGAAAGUACUUUUGAUUCUUGAUAAUGUUGAAAAGGUGCAACAGUUGCAGGCACUUGUAGGAGGAGAUGAUUGGUUUGGCUCUGGCAGUAAAGUUAUAAUCACUACCAGAGACAAGAAUUUGUUGACCACUCAUGGGAAUGUGAAACUAUAUGAGGUUAAACAACUAACAAAUGAUAAGGCUCUCGAUCUGUUUAGUUGUCAUGCAUUUAAAAAUCAUGAAAAUAAUCUAGAUUAUGUGGAUAUUGCAAAACGUGCAGUAUCUUAUUGUCAUGGUCUUCCGUUGGCUUUGGAGGUGAUAGGCUCUCAGUUGUGUGGAAAAAGUUUAUCUGUAUGGAAAUCCUCGUUAGAUGUAUAUGAAAGAGUCAUUCAUAAAGACAUCCAUGCCAUUCUUAAAGUUAGCUAUGAUAAUUUGGAAGAAGAUGUAAAGGGUAUGUUUUUAGACAUAGCCUGUUUCUUUAAUUCUUAUGAAAUAGGCUAUGUCAAAGAAAUAUUAUACUUACAUGGUUUUCAUGCGGAACAUGGCAUAAAAGAGCUUACUGACAAAUCUCUCAUGAAAAUUGAUACUAAUGGUUGUGUGAGAAUGCAUGACUUGAUUCAAGACAUGGGCAGAGAAAUUGUGAGGCAGGAAUCAACGUUGGAGCCUGGAAGGCGCAGUAGAUUAUGGUUUAGCGAUGACAUUCUUCAUGUUUUGGAAGAAAACAAGGGAACUGAUUCAAUAGAAGUCAUAAUUGCUGACUUGCGCAAAGUCAGAAAAGUGAAAUGGUGUGGAAAAGCCUUCGGACAAAUGAAGAACUUGAGAAUUCUUAUAAUUAGAAAUGGACGGUUUUCCCAAGGUCCUCAAAUUCUUCCAAAUAGUUUGAAAGUGCUUGAUUGGAGUGGAUAUCAAUCCUCCUCUUUACCUUCUGAUUUCAAUCCGAAGAAUCUUGCAAUACUCAACCUGCCUGAAAGCUGCCUUAAACAGUUUGAGUCAUUCAAGGCGUUUGAGAUGUUGAACUUUCUUGAUUUUGAAGGCUGCAAUUUCCUAACCGAAAUACCUAGCUUAUCUAGAGUACCGAAUUUGGGGGCGCUGUGUGUCGAUAACUGCACUAAUUUAAAUAGAAUCCACGAAUCUGUUGGGUUUCUUGACAGGCUUGUGUUAUUAAGUGCUCAAGGAUGCAACCAACUAGAAAAUUUGGUUCCCAAAAUCAACUUGCCAUCUCUGGAGACUUUAGAUUUAAGGGGUUGCUCGCGUCUCGAGAGCUUCCCUGAGGUAGUUGGAGUUAUGGAGAAUAUAAAAGAUGUUUAUUUAGACCAGACUGCCAUAAAACAAUUGCCGUUUACAUUUGGAAAUCUGGUUGGACUCCAACGUUUGUUCUUGAGGGGAUGCCAAAGGAUGAUCCAACUACCAAGCUAUAGAUUUCCCAAAUGUGAGAUAGUUACAACUUAUGGUUGUAGAGGAUUUCGAUCAUUCGACAAUGAAGAAAAAGUGCGCCCAAAAGUGUUUGAAGAUACCAUGUUUGUUUAUUCUGAACAUGGAUGGUCCUACCUUAAUAUGUAUUCUCGCUAUACCACCUCCAAUGAUGUCAUUGAAGUAUGUAGUCCUCUGCAUAAUUCAGAAGUCACUAAAUUUCAGUUUUUCGAUGCAAGCAAAAAUGUUGAGGUUAAAAAGAACAAAUCAUCUGUGUGCUUUUGGUUCCGAAAUAAAUUCCCCAGGAUAGUUCUAGUGUGUGAUGUAGAAUCUGAAAAGCAUUUGGACAACAUGGCGUUGAAUUUCGAGUUGAAUGUACUCAUCAAUGGCACUAAUCAACUUGCUUCCUCAUGUGAAUACAUAUUUUAUCCAGAAAAAAAGACAGUACAUACUCUUCAUUGUCAGGUACAAUGCAAAGUGGAGGGCGUAUUUUCAAAGAAUGAGUGGAAUCAAGUGGAUAUUUUAUGUGAGAUAAAACAUCUCAUGCCUUGUGAUUUUGAAGGGGUGAUGGCCUAUCAGGACCGGACCUCUAAGAGGAUUGUGAAGUGGUAUGUCAUCAGUGUCAUGAUAGAAAACAAAAGGGAUGAUUAG